AUGAAUGCUACUGGAAAUGGCAGUUGUCGGCCAAAUGGAACAGAGGUGACUCUGUACUGCUUGCCAAACAGGACUGUUUUCCCUAAGGGCUUCAAGAAGGUCUCAAUUCUGGAAAACGGCAGUGAAGUGAGCAGCAGUGGAGGUCCUUCAGUCAGCGCCCAUGUUUUCCUGAACAGAUUUGGAACGCAGACAUUUAAAUGCGAGUGUUCAACCGAGAAAAGACCGAAGCUCAUAUGUGAAAUCAGGAUUACCGCUGGACUUCCUCCGGACCAGCCAAAAAAUAUUAUCUGCCGUCAGUAUGGAAAGAACGGGUCUCCCACUUGCUCUUGGGAUGAAGGACGUCAUACUUAUUGUUUUCAUUACUACACAGUAAAGCUAAGCAAUGGAACAUUUGUGGAAGAGAUUCAUUCUAAAGACAACAAAGUGGAUCUCAGCAUAAGCCUGGACUUCAGAUCUACUUACACAGUGGUGGUUACUGCCACAAACUUACUGGGGAAUGUGUCUUCUCAGCCAAUUCAAUCAGACAUAGUGAAGCCUUAUUCUCCAGUGAACCUCUCAGUGAAAUUUGAUGGCUCUGAUGCAACAAAGUGCACAAUUCUGUGGCAAGAUCAAGAAGACACACCACAUUUUAGAUUAAGAUACCAGCCCGUUCAAAGUACUUCCUGGACCAUGGUUGAAAACAUACAAACAAGAAGAUAUGAACUACAUGGCUUAAAGCCAGAUACUGAAUAUAUAUUCCAGGUUUCUGGUCGUUUCCGGCCCAACAAAGGCUUAUGGAGUAACUGGAGUGCUUCAUUUCAAACGGAAGCAGUGCCAUUUGAACCCAGUGAUGUCUGGUAUUUAAAGAAGGCCGUGUCUUCCCAAAUGCAGAACAUAACUCUUUUCUGGAAGGCAAUGGAUGCAUCAGAAAGAAGAAGCCAUCAUUACAGAAUAACAUUUCAGGCCCUCGGCCAGAAGCCUCACAGAAGAGCAGAGACAAAUUUCACAGUACACACAGUUUUCUCACAAACUGUGCCUAAGGCAGACUAUAACAUAAAAGUGUAUUCCUACAACUUGCGGGGAAUGUCUCCACCUGUCCACAUCAUAACUAAACUAGGAAUUACAGACUUGCCACCGCCUAGACAUCUCUUGGCUGCAUCAGAGGCAAAUGAGAGCAUCGUUGUGACAUGGGAAGCCCCGUUUGCUCCUUCACCUUUGAUCAAUGGAUAUGUAAUUGAGUGGACAGAGUUCCAUCAGGAUGAACCCUUGAAAAGCACCCCAAACUGGCUGAAAGUAUCUGCAUCCAACUUUACAGUCAAAAUAGAGAACCUAAAGCCUAACGUGUGCUAUCACAUCAAUGUGUUUGCACUCUAUGAGAGCCAAGCAGGAAAAGCAGCUUCCACUACAGAGAAUGUGUCAGCAAAAGCCCCAUUAAGAGGACCUCACAUUAAUGCAACCAAAGAAGAAGGGAGAAUUUUGGUCUUUUGGGAGGAAAUUCCAUUCCAUCAACAGAUGGGCUGCAUCGUUAACUACAGGAUAUAUGUGCAAAAACGACCCUCCAACUACACCUCUAAGGUCUAUGAGAUCUCUAAAUCCACCCCGCAGCCAUUUCUGAUAAGCAACGUGCAAGUCGGUGCCGCGCAUGCUGUAUGGAUGACAGCCUCCACUGAAGCUGGAGAGAGCCCUAAAGGGAAUGAAGAAAUCAUUUACAUAAAAAAUUCAAAUGCGCAAAAAGAUGUACCUGAGUGGGCUCCUGUUCUAGCGCUCUGCCUUGUCAGUCUUUUUGCCUGCACCUGCUGUGUGCCGCCUGCUAGACAAAAGCUUUUCUCGUGCCUUUCUAUUUUGCUCUCUGAGUGUAAUGGUAAAGCUGUUCCAGAUCCAGCAAACUCCUCUUGCAUUAAAGAAUUCACAUCUUUGCAGGAUGAAUCAAGCUUACAUUUCACACAGUUCCAGAAAAAUCAAAGUAGCUUUGAAGACCCUGAAGUUUUACCAAUAGAGGAAGUCUUCAUGAAAGUGCAAUGCCCACCCUUUCGGGAUCGAUCCCACUUCAAAAACAGUGAGAAAGGAGAAAGCCAAAAAUGUCAGAAGACAGUCAGUUUGGAGGAAGAGGAUCCCACUGUAAAAAAUGUGAACUAUGCUCCUUUGAUCCUUGAUACACCAGGUGUCACCAACAAGCAUCCGCUGCUACCUUUGUAUAGAAAAGUUGCACCCAAAGAACCAAAUCAAGGCCCGAUAUUUUCUGACUAUCUUAGCAAUCCACUUGAGGAUAUCACGGUAGACUACUUGCCAACUGUUACAGCCAAUGAUACGAACAAUGAUGAGGACAGCUUUGAUUUUGAACUCAAUUCAUUUUCUGUAUUCCCGAGAACGUUUCUAUCCCAGUCAUUUUCCCUCGGUGGAAAGCUCACUCUAGAUGCUAUAAGAAUGGACUGUAAUUCUUACACAGACUAAGGUUGCAAUCUUAUUCCAAUUGAUCUGGAAGAAAGAUGUUUCACUGCGGGACUUACCUCAAAGGAGGUGUUUAGAAUUAUGCUGUUAGCUAGGAAGAAGCAACUUUUCUGAUUCCCGAGGGCCAUAUGGUAAUGUCAGGUCAGCCAAGGAUAUCUGCCCAAGGAAUGAGAAAUCUUAAGCAACCCUUCCCUUUCCCUUGAGAUUACACUGUUGGAAGGGCAGAGGUAAAGCCUUUCUAACCCAUCUUAAAAGAGGCAAAGAGAAACCCAAAGCUUGUUGCAUCCAGCUUUUCUUAAUAAUAUAGUAACAAUGUAUUGUCGAAGGCUUUCAUUGCUGGAAUCACUGUGUUGUUGUAGGUUUUCGGGCUAUAUGGCCAUGUUCUAGAAGCAUUCUCUCC